AUGAUAUUUCCUUAUUGACUUUAGGAUCUACCUUGUAGACUUCAAUGUCUGAAAUUUAGAUCCUAUGCUCUAAAUGUUGUUGGGCCAUAGCCCUUGAGCCUUCAUUUUUACGUUAUACCCGUUAGGACCUAAUUGUUAGAUUCCAGUUCAUAGGUUUUGGGUCUUAAUUACUUAGACGGUAGCCCCUAGGCGCUGAGGUUUUAGGCCUUUAAAUACGAAACUACGUUAAGACUGCUUGUAGUAGUAAAGUGAAAAUCUUCCAAUUAGAAAUGCAGUAUCGAUAAGAUAUGCUAAUGUCGAUGCUGCGACCUCGACAAGUAUCAUAGACAAUUAUGAAUCCAUUUGAUAAAGAAACAGUGGAGUUUAGUGUUGCAAAAUCACGUCGACCGGGCGCAUUAUGAUAAAAAUUUUUCCGUUCGAAGGCCAUGCUGAUAAUACAAUUCUUUCUCUCUUUUAUUCUCUCUCUCUCAAUCUCCUGUAAAUGGUUAUCUAAGGCGAUUCAUUCGUUAGAACUACACCAAUGACCAGUGUACUUUACUGUUUGUACCCACCGAUUUACUAUACGACACGUUUCUCAGUGGUAACCGAGAGUCACAAGCUCGCGGUCGCAUUUAGUUGGCUCUCGUUCGCGUUCGUACGGUGACAAAGCGUAAACCUUGUCGAAUAUUAUUGACAGAAUUUACUUGUUCAACGACAUUCUAGCGGAAUUUAUACUAGCUUUUUGCUCCCUGUUUCUGAACAAACUUUAUCCGUUAUCGGGUGUGAAUUGAAAAGAAAGAAAGAGAAAUAAGAAACGUAAAUCGGUGAUGCACGAUCUUACAAAAUUGGAUGGCGGCGAUGGCGGAGCCAAGCUACUUAUGAAGGGAAGAGAUACACAGGCAUUCCGUGAAAGAACCAAGAGGGAUGCCCUGAUCGAACUUCAACGGGAAUUGGAGAAACUCGAGGGAACAGCUACUACAGGAGAAGUUAAAGAGGAGGUCCACCGGCAAUUCGAAGGCUUCACCCAUCUCUUCAAGAGAUUUCUGCAAGAAGAAGGACCCUCGUUAGAAUGGGAUCGCAUACAAAAGCUUCCCGACGAUGCGAUAAGAGAUUACAAUUCUUUGCCAAUGCCGGAAGGAGAAGAGGUGAGAGCCCUGUUAAAUAAAUUGAUUGUUAUCAAACUAAAUGGAGGGCUUGGAACUAGUAUGGGAUGCCAUGGACCAAAGUCUGUGAUAGCAGUUCGCAAUGGACUUACGUUUCUUGAUCUGACCGUACAACAAAUUGAGUACUUGAAUAAAACCUAUAAUGCAAAUGUACCUCUAAUCUUGAUGGAUUCCUUCAACACCGAUGACGAUACACAAAGAAUCAUCAGGAAAUAUAAAGGAAUAGACGUUGACAUCUAUACGUUUAAUCAAAGUUGUUAUCCUCGUAUCAACAGAGAUUCGUUACUUCCAAUUGCAAAACAUUGUGAUAUUGCUGAUGAUAUCGAAGCAUGGUAUCCUCCUGGCCAUGGAGAUUUCUAUGAAAGUUUCCGAAAUUCCGGUUUAUUGAAAAAGUUUUUGAAAGAGGGUCGUGAUUAUUGUUUUAUUUCGAACAUCGAUAAUUUGGGUGCUACGGUAGAUUUCAAAAUUCUAAAAUUAUUAUUAGAUAAAACUGAAACGUCACCUCUUGAAUUUCUUAUGGAAGUCACCGACAAAACGCGGGCCGAUGUCAAGGGUGGAACAUUAAUUAAAUACGAGGAUAAGCUACGGCUCCUUGAAAUCGCACAAGUUCCAAAAGAUCAUGCAGAUGAUUUUAAAUCUGUGAAAACAUUCAAGUUUUUCAAUACCAAUAAUUUAUGGAUCAAACUCAGCGCGAUUGAAAGAGUGCUUGAAAAAAAUUCUUUAAAUAUGGAGAUUAUUGUCAAUAAUAAGACUUUUUCGAAUGGCUUAAACAUAAUUCAACUAGAAACAGCUGUUGGAGCUGCGAUGAAAUCGUUCGAAGGAAGUAUUGGUAUAAAUGUACCACGCAGUAGAUUUUUACCAGUAAAAAAGACUUCUGACUUGAUGCUUGUUAUGAGUAAUUUAUACACUCUCCGUAAUGGUUCGUUAGUGAUGAGCCCGCAACGCAUGUUUCCUACAACGCCUCUUAUAAAAUUAGGGGAUAAUCACUUUUCUAAGGUUAAAGAAUUUCUUACCAGAUUUCCAUCUAUACCAGAUCUUUUGGAGUUGGAUCAUUUGACGGUGUCUGGUGAUGUUACUUUUGGUAAAGGCGUAACGCUUAAAGGAACGGUUAUUAUUAUUGCUAAUCACGGAGAACGAAUCGAUCUCCCGUCGGGCACAAUUUUAGAGAAUAAAAUUGUUUCUGGUAAUCUACGUAUUUUAGACCAUUAAAUGGAUAUAUUAUGAAAAAAUUUAUUUGUUGUACUCUAAGAAAAAAUGCCUAUAUGUACAUUUAUUUAAAAUUAAAAAUCAAAUAAAUUUUCAACUCUAAGUAA